AUGAGCAAAAAUGCUCUACACUUUUUUCCAAUUGUUACAAAAACUGUGAAGAACAAUUACAAAUUCACGCGAAAUGCGAUCAAGGAAUUUGAGGAACAAACUCGUCUUGGGAACUUCUAUUUGGUCGCCUGGGAGAAAUGUGCCGAUGAUAUAAUCAGGAAGUAUAAAGUGGCAGAGAUUGAAGCGGGUCUCAACAAUUCAGCAAACUUUCUGGCCGCUCAUCACUUCUUCAGGGUGAAGGAGAAGAUUGAGCAGAGUGAGGUGUUUCGGUUCAUUGCGAAGAUGCCGAAAGGAGCCAAUCUUCAUGGGCACAGCAGUGCAAUGGUGUCUUCAGAGUGGCUCCUGAGGAAUGUAACUUACCGUCCAGGCAUGAUUAUCUACACGGAUGAGAAGAACAUCACCAGAUUGACCUUCAGACAGCCAGAUUCCUCCAUUGAGUGGAAUUACUUGUCCGACCUGAGGAACUCUUCAGAAAAUGUGACGGCUUUUGACGAAUGGCUGGAAUCCAAGUUCAAUCUCUACACUCCAAAUCCUGAGAUUGAUUAUCCCGAUAUUGAUGUGGUUUGGACAGCUUUCGAGCGAAUGUUCGCCACAACCGAAGAUAUUCUCCACUAUGUUCCCGUCUUUGUUGAUUUCUACCGACAAGCGCUGCAGGAAUUGCUCAAUGAUAAUGUAAUGUACACUGAAUUCAGGACAGGUUUCGCGAAGCUCUAUGAUGAUUCCGGAAGGAUUUACAGCGAAAUCGAACACGCGGAGAUUUUAAUGAAAGUCAUCGAUGACUUCAAGGAAGACAAUCCGAACUUCUUCGGAGCCAAGGCCAUUUUCACGGGCAAUCGAGACAGAUUGACUGCGGGAAGUUGGAGAGACAUCGAGGUUUACAAGAGCCUCAAGCAGCGUUUUCCUCAUUUUAUCGUGGGAUUCGAUGUUGCCGCCCAGGAGAAAGUGACGAAUGCAAAUUUUGGAUUCAUAGAAGCCCUCCAGAGUCUGCCAAAGGACACCAAGUUCUUCUUCCAUGCUGGCGAGACAAAUUGGUAUGGAACUGAUGUUGAUGAGAAUCUAAUCGACGCAAUCCUGAUGAACACCACAAGAAUAGGCCAUGGAUAUGCUCUCCUGAAGCAUCCCUAUUUGCUGGAGAUUGUGAAGAAGCGAAGGAUAGGAAUAGAAGUGAAUCCCAUCUCCAAUCAAGUUCUUCACUUGGUGCACGACUUGAGGAAUCAUCCUGCUGGCUUCUACAUCUCUCAAGGACUUCCAGUCACCAUCUCCUGUGACGAUCCCGGUUUCUGGGCUGCCAAAGGACUCAACUACGAUUACUACUACGCCUUCAUGGCUCUGGCAUCAGCAGAUGCUGGCCUGGAGACGCUCAAGAAAUUCGCAUGGACAUCACUAGAGCAAAGUGUUCUAACGGACAAGGAGUGGAUGAAGGUGAGCCAGAUGUUCCACGAUCAGUGGGCGCUCUUCAUCCAGAACGCGUGUCAGCAUUAAUCGACAGCGUGGCAUCUUCGCGAUGCUCCGUGAAUGCGCAGGAAUCCAACACAACUCCUGCUAAUCUGCUGAAAACAGCGCCUGAACCCAUGAUCUCCUG